AUGGUUCUAUGUGAUACAAGUGGUCUACAGAAAAAGGCAUUCCGAAUCUUGGAGGAAAUUUUGACGAGGAGAGGGUCGCCGGAGUUGGAUACAUUCUUUUCUUCUUGUUCCUCAGAUUUCAAGAAUGCGUUGUCACUUCCUAUCGUUAGCAUUCAACCACCUCCUAGGACCGCUUUUUGUGCGUGUGUUACGCUGACAAUCGAUUAG